AUGUCUGUCGUAAGAACUUGCCCUGGUCUGUAUUGCGGCCGUACUGAAUUAGACGAUGGUUCAUGGAGUGAAUGUGGUGCUUGUCCUCGCGGGUACCGCACCAAUACCUCGAGUUACUGCACACCAUGUACUGAUGAACCUUCUCUUUACGACUGGCAAUAUCUAGGCUUUAUGGUUAUUUUACCCUUGGUUUUGCACUGGUUCUUUAUUGAUAUGGUCGCUGUUGGUAAAAGUAAAACAGGGAUAAUUGCACAACACAUUUGUGCUUUCACAGAGGUUGUCACAGGAACAAUUGCAGCAUUACUUGUUCUGCCUCCGACUGGAUCAAUUGCUUUAUAUGUUUGUAUGCCUAAGGCUCUGUCUGAUUGGUAUACACUUCUUCAUAAUCCACAACCAGAUUAUAAAGAAACAUUGCAUUGUACACAAGAAGCUGUUUAUCCCUUGUACACAAUUGUGUUGCUUAUUUAUGCAUUCAGCUUAUUGUUGACAAUUCUCCUACGGCCAUGGAUAUUAACUUGGCAUUCUCCAAAUCCUGGGAAAAAAGCUAUCUACUGUGCCUUAUAUUUCUACCCUAUUCUUGUUCUAAUACAUACAGUUGCAGCUGGUGUAAUAUAUUGUUCUUUCCCCUACAUAGUUAUAAUAAUUUCCAUGAUGACGUCAGCAUCACACUUUUCAAUCAAGAUUGACCAGUCGGCUCCGGCGUUACUAAUGUCGUCCAUUUCAAACUCAAGAAACCUAGUGAUUCUACUGGGGCAUUGGUUAGUUCAUGCCUAUGGAAUAUUAUCGCUUACAGGUUUUAAAGAAUUGUGGUAUUUAUCAUUAGUUCCAGCUCCGGCAUUAUUUUAUAUAUUAACUGCACAAUUCACAGAUCCAAUGAAGUUGCACAAUGAUUGA